UAUUGGAGCCCCAAGGGUUCAUGGGUAGCGUAUUUACAAAGGAGCCUCCUCCGCCAGCCCGUGCCACCGCGGCUAAUGAGAGCCGUCAUUAAGUAAAUGAGACGUCGCCUUCAGCUGGCUUAGGAGUUCGCACACUAAGGGGAGAAGAUAUUUAAUUGAAACCGCACACAGGCUUCCCCACAUGUGACCGCUGUACGGGAGGCAGCUGCCUUCCCCUCCUCCCCGUCCACCCUCACCCCCCAUGUAAAUUUCAUGAUUGCUUUCCGUGAUGUCAUUCUGAAAGAGGACAGACAAUAGCCGUGGGGAAGAAAAUGAGUUCCAGGGUGAACUGCUGAAUCAGAGGUGGACACACGGAGACAAGGCCAGCAGCUGCAGGACUUCGAGACUGCUCCUGGGUGGACACAGCAAGAUGAACUCGGACAAUGAUGAGAAGCGAGCUCGCACACGAUCGAAGGCCUUCCGAGGACCCCCAGAGACCACAGGCACAGACCUCAGCUGUCCCACCCCAGGGUGCACAGGCUCAGGACAUGUCCGAGGCAAGUACUCCAGACACCGAAGUUUACAGAGCUGCCCUCUGGCCAAGAAGAGGAAGCUGGCGGGUGCUGAGGCUGAGCACCUGGUGUCCAAGAGGAAGUCGCAGCCCCUGAAGCUGGCUCUGGGCGAGGGCUACGGCGUGGACAGCGAGGACAGUGAGGAGGCUGAGGUGAAGGGUGCCUCUGUUUCGGAUGAAUCGGAAGGGACUCUGGAGGAGGCCGAGGCCGGGAUGUCAGGACAGGAGGAGAUUCAUCGCCCCGAACCAGCUGAAGGAAGAAGCCCCACCAAGGCCCAUUUGGGAUCCAACCCCAUCAGCAGCGCCACUGGCUCCUCCCAGGGUAGCUAUCGCAGUUACCAGGGGGUCAUUGCCACCUCUCUCCUGCACUUGGGCCAAAUUGUCCAGGAGGCCCGGGAUGGGGAGGAGGCAGGCCAGGCAGUUGAGCCGGUGCCCGGUGUUGUGCACUUGCUGCCAGCAGAGGGGGCCACCAGCGAUGAGGGUGAGAAGGACCUCUUCAUCCAGCCAGAAGACGCAGAGGAAGUCAUCGAAGUCACCAGCGAGCGUUCCCAAGAGCCAUGUCCUCAGUCCCUGGCUGAUGCAGCCGUUGAAGGGUCCAGCAAACAGAAAGGCAUCCUGGGUCAUGAAGAGGAGGAUGAGGAGGAAGAAGAGGAGGAGGAUGAGGAGGAAGAGGAAGAAGAGGAGGAAGAGGAGGAAGAAGAUGAAGAGGAAGAGGAGGAGGAGGAAGAGGAGGAAGAGGAAGGGGAGGAGGGGUCAGCCCCAGAUGUAAUCUUUGAGGAGGGUGCCUCCCAUGCCUCUGUCCAGCAGGCCCCUGAGCCUCCCAGCCCCAGGCCGGAGUACUCUGUGGUUGUGGAGGUCCGCUCCGACGAGGACAAAGAGGAAGACUCCCGCUCCCAGAAGUCCGCAGUCACCGACGAGUUGGAGAUGUACGAUGUGCUGACCCGUGGGAACCUGGGCCUCCUGGAGCAGGCGAUCGCUCUGAAGGCGGAGCAGGUGCGUGCAGUCUGCGAGCCGGGCUGCCCACCCACCGAGCAGGGCCAGCUGGGCCCUGGCGAGCCAGGGAAGGCAGCGAAGCCCCUGGACACCGUGCGCAAGAGCUACUACAGCAAAGACCCUUCGAGAACGGAGAAGCGUGAGAUUAAGUGUCCGACGCCAGGCUGUGACGGCACCGGCCAUGUGACUGGGCUGUACCCUCACCACCGCAGCCUGUCUGGCUGUCCCCACAAGGACAGGAUCCCCCCAGAGAUCUUGGCCAUGCAUGAGAAUGUGCUGAAGUGCCCCACCCCUGGCUGCACGGGCCAGGGCCACGUGAACAGCAACCGCAACACACACAGGAGCUUGUCUGGAUGUCCUAUUGCAGCUGCCGAGAAAUUAGCCAAAUCUCAUGAGAAGCAGCAGCCACAGACCGGAGACGCUUCCAAGAGCAGCCCCAGCUCAGAUCGAAUCCUCAGGCCCAUGUGCUUCGUGAAGCAGCUGGACGCCCCUCCAUAUGGGAGCUACAGGCCCAGCGCAGCCCCUGCCACGCCCAGGGCCAACUUGGCCAAGGAGCUGGAGAAGUUCUCCAAGGUCACCUUUGACUACGCAAGUUUCGAUGCUCAGGUUUUUGGCAAACGCAUGCUUGCCCCAAAGAUUCAGACCAGUGAAACCUCACCUAAAGCCUUUCAAUGCUUCGACUACUCACAUGAUGCCGAGGCUGCACACAUGGCCGCCACCGCCAUCCUGAACCUCUCCACACGCUGCUGGGAGAUGCCGGAGAACCUCAGCACGAAGCCACAGGACCUCCCCAGCAAGCCUGUGGACAUCGAGGUGGACGAGAAUGGAACCCUGGACCUGAGCAUGCACAAGCACCGCAGGCGGGACAACGCCUUCCCGGGCGGUGGCAGCUGCAGCAGCAGCCCUGGUGUCAAGUCUCCUGACGCCUCCCAGCGCCAGAGCUGCGCCAGUGCUCCCAGCAGUUCCAUGACCUCUCCCCCAUCCAGCCAGGCCUCCCGCCAGGAUGAGUGGGACCGGCCCCUGGACUACACCAAGCCCAGCCGCCUGCGUGAGGAGGAGCCUGAGGAGUCAGAGCCUGCAGCCCAUUCUUUUGCUUCUUCUGAAGCAGAUGACCAGGAAGUGUCAGAAGAGAAUUUCGAGGAGCGGAAGUACCCGGGGGAAGUCACCCUAACCAACUUUAAGCUGAAGUUUCUCUCCAAGGACAUAAAGAAGGAGCUGCUCACCUGUCCCACCCCUGGCUGUGAUGGCAGUGGCCACAUCACCGGGAACUAUGCCUCCCACCGCAGCCUCUCUGGUUGCCCUCUUGCUGACAAGAGCCUCAGAAACCUCAUGGCUGCCCACUCUGCUGACCUCAAGUGCCCCACGCCCGGCUGUGAUGGCUCCGGUCACAUAACAGGGAACUACGCUUCGCACCGGAGCUUGUCGGGCUGCCCUCGCGCCAAGAAGAGUGGAGUCAAGGUGGCACCCACCAAGGACGAUAAGGAGGACCCUGAGCUGAUGAAGUGCCCAGUUCCAGGCUGCGUGGGGCUCGGUCACAUCAGCGGCAAAUACGCCUCUCACAGGAGUGCGUCCGGCUGCCCACUGGCUGCCCGGAGGCAGAAAGAGGGUUCCCUCAAUGGCUCAUCGUUCUCCUGGAAGUCGCUGAAGAACGAGGGGCCCACUUGCCCCACCCCAGGCUGCGAUGGUUCUGGCCACGCCAACGGGAGCUUCCUCACCCACCGGAGUCUGUCUGGCUGUCCAAGAGCAACCUUUGCUGGAAAGAAGGGAAAACUCUCAGGGGAGGAGGUUCUCAGUCCAAAGUUCAAGACCAGUGACGUGCUGGAGAAUGACGAGGACAUCAAACAGCUGAACCAGGAGAUUCGAGACCUGAAUGAGUCCAACUCGGAGAUGGAGGCUGCCAUGGUGCAGCUGCAGUCCCAGAUCUCCUCCAUGGAGAAGAAUCUCAAGAGCAUCGAGGAGGAGAACAAGCUAAUCGAGGAGCAGAACGAGGCACUGUUUCUGGAGCUGUCUGGCCUGAGUCAGGCCCUCAUCCAAAGUCUCGCCAACAUCCGCCUUCCGCACAUGGAGCCAAUAUGCGAACAGAAUUUCGACGCCUACGUGAGCACCCUCACUGACAUGUACUCCAACCAGGAGUGCUACCAGGACCCGGAGCACAAGGACCUCUUGGAGAGCAUCAAGCAGGCCGUGAGGGGCAUCCAGGUCUAACCAUGCUGUCCUGAGGGGCACUCCAUCCUGGCCUUCACUUCCUGGUCCUGCUCCUUGGAUUGGGGAUUCCAAACUCACAGGGACUCACAGUUGGCCUGGCACGGCCCCAGCGGGCUCAUCCAAAAGAAAUCAGUGUCUCCCAUGGUGCUCCCGCCAGGCUUGGGCCAAGACCUCUCCCUGCACCUUGGGGACACCGAAGUAUUACAAAGUGAUUUAUUUUUGUUUUCUGAAAGAAAUCCGAAAUGCAGCUCAAAGUCUCCAGCGGAAGCUCAUGGACAAGGUUCUCAGGGAAGUUUUGGAGUUUGCAACCACAGUAUUCCUUUGUCUGUUGAGGCCGGGAGGGUAGCCGUGGGCACAGAGGGUGGAUGGCGCAGCGGCUUGUGUCUCAGCCCAGAGGAUGUGCCUGGAGCUGUGUGUCUGUGCUGGGUGAGGGCCCACGUGGCAAGUGUGUUUUCUGUUUUCCUUUAACUCAUUUUUGUGUUUAUGGUGGAACAGAACGCUGUUCCAGGGGGAUGGUUAGGAAUAGGCCUUCCAGAUGAUCACUCCAGGCAGGUGACACCUUGUAGUCCAGUCAGCUUCUGGAAUUUACCCUGGGAUGCUCCUGAAAGUCAGCCUCAUGUCUGAGGGCAGACAGGGUCCCAAGGCUGCUCACAUGCAUGGGCCUAGCAUCCAAGUUCCCUCCUGGGCUGCAGCCAGACCCAGUGUCUGACUCGAUGCUUGGGGACAGCCCGACCAGUCCACCCUGGCUGGUCACUGCUAUGUGAGCCAGGUCGUGGUGUGGCUUUGCUUCUGUGUCUACAAGGACAGAGGCAGGGACCGAGUCGUGGAGGUCGGGGUAUUCCUAACGGAGACCACCAAGGUUUCGCUUCUUUUUAGACCAAUUCAAGAUGCGAGAAAAGGUAGAUUUUAAUUUAACGUGUUAAAAACACCAUGUUCCUACUGUGUAAAUAGAGUCUAAGUCGAUUCUGACUGCAACUCUGAGUUAGUAUUUAGAAGUAGAGAGAUUGCACUUCUUGGAAGAAAUUUAAAAGUAGUUAGUUUAAUUAUUCUGUAAAUUAUUUAAUUUUGUCAAGAAAUAAGUAUUUAUAUUCACAACCUCUUAUGUUAAUGUUUGUUAUUUAUUUAACAUUUUUAUUUAUUACUUUAUACUAUUUCAAGCAGACCCCACCCCAGGGCACCAUAAGAGAGAAGUGAGUGAGAUCAAAGCAAAGCAGCCAUUGGACUGUAAGAUAGGCCACAAAAAAAAUCUUGAUAUAACUUCUAGUUAUAAUUUUGAUGCAGCCAAGUUAUUUUUUAUAUAUUUUGUUAUUUAUUCUUUUAAUGAUGGAAUUUUUUAAAAAGUAUUUUGUAACUGAGGAACUUUGAUAAUUUGGGAGUUUUUCCCCUCGGUCCAACAGAGAGAAAGACAUUCUGCUUUUCUUUUUCCCUUUCGGUCCUUUAUGUUUCAGGCACGGGUAAGAGCAGGUGGGACUCUGUGUUUAUUAUUUAGUGUAGCACAGAUGUGUGUGCUCUGCGUGUUUCUUGUGUCGCGUUUGUGUCAGUUCUUACGGCUGAGUCCUGUGCUGUGAGGGAGUGCCAGUCCGGCC